UAUGACAUUGUAUAUAAAUAAUAUAUAUAUAUAGAUAUGGUAACGAUAUUGAUUAGAUUUAUAAUAGGUGGAUUCUACAAUAUAUUGAUAUAAAAUUUACCAGUAAGAAGAAAAUGUGGCAAGAUAACGAAGUUCGAUUUGAUGUUUCUUAUAAUCAUAUGCAACUAAGAUUGGGAGAAUUUAAUGUUGAUAAACUCGAUUUAAUAGAAGAUACAAAAGGAAAUGCAGGUGAUAAUGGAAGAUUGAUAGUGACCAAUCUCAGAAUUAUAUGGCAUUCUUUACUUCUUCCUAAAAUCAAUUUAAGUAUUGGCUAUAACACCUUUAUAACAGUAAAUACUAAAAUUAUACAUAGUUUACAAGGAAGACACAUGCAAGCUCUAUAUAUUUUAGCUUCUUUUCGAAAUUGUAGAUACGAAUUUUUAUUCACAAAUCGAGAUUUAAAAAGUACACGACAUUACACUUCUGUUAUUGGUGUUUACAGAGCAUAUAUUUCAUCUAAAAUUUAUCGAGAAAUUAAAUUAAGAAGUGGAAUAAUUAAUGAUAAACAAUUGACUUUAUUACCACAAGAAACAGUUCAUUCAACACUGCAAGAUAUCUGGAAUUUAUCAUUAGAACAGGGGAAUAUUGGAACUUUUAUCGUGACAAAUAUACGUUUAGUAUGGUUCGCUGAUGUUAACUGUCAAUUUAACAUAUCAAUUCCUUAUCUUAUAAUAGCAAAUAUUAUUAUCAAAAAUUCAAAGUUUGGUCCAACUUUAGUUAUUAACAGUACUGAAUCCAGUGGAGGAUAUAUAUUAGGAUUUCAAGUUAAUCCUGUUCAAAAACUUCAUAUCGUUUAUAAAGAAAUUUUAAUGUUAUGGAAAGCAUUUGAAAAAUUUCCUAUUUUUGGUGUUGAUUAUACUUUUGAACACCAGGCUCCAUUACAACAAUCAAAUAUGGAACAAUAUACUGAAAUACAAGACAAUCAAAUUGAAAUUUCGAAUGUGUUUGGUUAUUACUUUUCUGAAGGAUCAAAUCAAAGGAAGCCAAGUUUUUCAAUUUAUUUAGGUCUUGCAGCAGAAGAACCUCGAGAAGCCAGUACAUUGCAAAAUCUAUGGGAGCUUGUGCCACAAACUUAAUUAAUACUAUUGAUAUAUUUUAAAUGCUACAAAAUUAUCAUUUUUUUAAUAUAAAAUUUAAAAAAAGAUUAAUACUAACAUAUUAAACAUAUUUUAUAUAUUUUCAUUCUAUUUAAGAAUUUCAAUCAAAGAUCAUAUAAAAUUAAAAUAUAAAAUGAAUAUAAAAUUUAUUAUUAUAAUUAAAAUUAAUAAAAAAAUAAUUGAGACAAGAAAAAUAAUUAUAUAAAAAAAAUUGUAUAUUAUUUGACAUUUUUACUAAUUUUAAUUUUUUAGGUCAUAUAAUUUUAUAACUAAAUAAUUGUUAUAAAAAGAAUAUUUAUAUAAAAUAUUUAUAAAAAAAAAUAUAGAUAAUAAAUAUAUGUGUAUACAUAUAUAGAGUGUUCUACUAACUCUAUAUUUUUGAAAUAUUUUCGGUAUUUUAAAUAAUAAAUGAAAAUGUUAUAUAUAUUAAAGAUUAUUAUUUCUAUACUCUUACAGGAAAUUAUUUUUAUAUUCAAAAUCCAAUAUUCUAUUGAAUUUAAAUAUAAAAAAUUAUAUAUUUCACUUAAAAAAAUAAGAUUUUCUUUAUGUUUAUAUCUAUAAACUUAUCAUUAUUAUUAUAUCAAAUAAACUUUAUAACUUUUAUAAAUAAUAUUUUCAUUUAUUAUUUGAAAUAGUGAAAAUAAUUUAAAUAAUUAGAAUUUGUAGGAUACAAUAUAUAUUUAUACAAGAUAUAAUGAAUUAUAUUAUAUUUUAAUUAUUUUAAUGUAACUAUAUUGACUUCUUAAAACUCGUUAUUUCUUUAAAUAUUUUUUGUUAAUUUUGUUUUAUAUAAAAAAGUCAAUGAUAGGAAUUCCACAACUAUUUAAUAUAACUAUUUUUCUCUCAUUCAACAUUUAUAUUUAACACUUUACCAAAUAUUUUUUAGUAUUUUAUUUAUGGAAAAGUCAACGUUUAUACGGAAUUGAUAAAAAAAUAGAUAACUGGAAUUAAAGCAUCAGUAUUCUAUAAUAUAACACUGAAUAAGUCUUUAAUUGUUUAAUUGCAAUUUCAUACCACUUUUCAGAUUUUGUCUUUAAAUUUAACUUGGUCUACAAUUUAAAGGUUGCACAAUUGAUUGAUCUUGAUUAUCAUCACCAUCUUCAUUCAGUUCAGCCUGCUGAACAGGAAAUCUAUAUCCCAUAUUCAUAAGCAUUACUUCAAAUGGGUCACUUUUCAUGCGAAUUUGAUUUGCAGAUGCAGCAUCUUCUAAAUUUUGAAUUUCUCUUUCAUUUAUACUACCAUCCUAUAUCAAAUAAAUUUCAAUUUUUAAAAUUAAUGAAAAAAUUUAUAUAUAAAUUCUACAUGAUUAAAUAAAUAUAAAUAUAAACUUUCUUUUUUUUUUAAUGAAAUUUUUUAAUGAAUAGUUUUAAUAAAUAAUUACUAUACAUACUUCAGGUAAAGGACUCCAUAAUCUAACUACUGGAUCAAUGCCACUAGUAGCUAGUAAACAAGUAGAUGGAUGAGGUUGAAGGCAAUUCACAAUGCGUUCAUCGCCUCUUAAUACACGUAUAAUAUUUGUAGUAUUACGAUCCCAAAUAAAGAAAGAACCAUCAUCUGAUCCUGCCACAAUAUAUUGACCAUUGCUUAAAGGAAAAAAAUAAUAAUUACAAAUUCAAUUAAAUUUUUAAAAUAAUCUAAUAUAUUAUUUUAAAAUAUACUUACUUUCCAAAAAAAUUAGCUUCUUUUAUAUCAGUUGUAGUAUUACAAUGCCCACAAAACCUCAUUUUAUAAUCAAUUGUAUUGCGUCGCCAUUCUUGUUCAUAUUCUGAUAUUUGUAUCAUUAAUUGAUUCAUAUCAAUAUCUCUACCUAAUUGUACAAUAAUUAAUUAUAAAAAAAAUAUUUUUGAUAAAUUGAACAU